AUGGGACCAAAGGGAGUCACGGGGAAACAGAGAAGGCUGGAUGUGAGUCCCAAGGAUCCAAAAGCAGGCGCACGCACUGAUCGGGAAGUAACAGAUACGAGUGGACAACAUCAGGCCAGGGAGGGGACAGCUAAACAGGCUAAUGACAAAAAGAGGCUUGCGAGAUCCAUGCGAGAUAAUUCUAGAUUGUCAAACCCAAAGACCAGCAAAGGGAAGGCCCAGAUAGCCCGAUCAACGUUGGACCCAACCAAGCAUAAGGCUGUUAUAGUCUUAACGGGCAUGAAACCUGACCUAACAAGGCCGCCGGAUUUGGGUCGGGAAAACCCAGAAUACAUCAAUAAGACUGGAGACAUACUUAUGGAGAAUGUUCCACCGGAUGGAACGGAACCAAAGAUUCAACUAGAGGCUGAUGAGAGCACGGAAUAA